AUGACCCUAGCUGUCACCUUCAACAGCACCUCGCUGCUCCCCGCCACCCCCGAAAUCGCAACCCGGUUCAACACCACCGAGGAAAUCCUCAAUGUCAUCAAUGCCGGUGUCCUUUUGGCCAUGGGCUUUUCUUCGCUGAUUUGGGGUCCCAUGAGUCGCUUAGUCGGUCGUCGCAUUUCGUAUAACAUCGCCGUUUUGGUGCUGUGCGGGUGCUCGGCGGGUACGGCCGCCGCUAUCAAUUUGCCCAUGUUUACGGCCUUUCGCAUUUUGGGUGGAUUGACGGGCACCUCGUUUAUGGUUAUGGGGCAGACUAUUUUGGCGGAUAUUUAUGAGCCUGUAGUUCGAGGAACGGCAGUGGGAUUCUUCAUGAAGCUAAUGAAUGUAGGCCCCUGCUUCGGCGGCAUCAUCGUCACCUUCGCCAGCUGGCGCAUCAUCUUCUGGGUGCAAGUCGCCAUGACAGGCUUCGGCCUGAUCCUAUCCCUGAUCUUCGUCCCUGAGAUACCCUCAGCAGACGCAAAGAUCAUCACCACUGCCACUGCCACCAGCACCACCACUCCUCCAACAAUGAAAGAAAAUACUCUUCGCAUCCUCGCCGCAUUCAACCCUAUCCACAUCUGUCUAACAUGCGGCUUCCUCUCCACCUUCCAAUACGCCAUGCUCACCUCCGCCCGCUCCAUCUUCAACCCACGCUUCCACCUCACCACCGCCCUCGUCUCCGGCCUCUUCUACCUCGCCCCGGGGGCCGGGUUCCUCGUGGGGAGUAUUCUCGGCGGCCGUCUCUCCGACCGCACGGUCCGAAACUACAUCAAAAAGCGUAACGGUACCCGUCUCCCUCAGGAUAGGUUGAACUCCGGCCUGGGGACAUUAUUCUUCGUCCUCCCCGCCGCGGCGCUCGUCUAUGGGUGGACCCUGCAGGAGGAGAAAGGCGGUAUGGUGGUUCCCAUCAUUGCGGCGUUUUUUGGGGGUGUGGGGUUGAUGGGAACUUUUAAUGGGUUGAAUACGUAUGCUGCUGAAGCACUCCCCCAUCGCCGAUCCGAAGCUAUCAGUGGGAAAUACAUCAUCCAGUAUUUGUUUUCGGCGGGGAGUAGUGCCGCUGUUGAGCCGUUGAUUGGGGCGAUUGGGGUGGGGUGGACGUUUACCAUUUGUGUGUUCUUGUCUAUCAUUGGGGGCGUCUUGGUGGUGAUUAUUACCCGUAAGGGGUUGGAUAUGCAGCGGUGGGUGGAGAGGAGGUGGGGGGAGGCUUGA